AUGAAACUCCUCGGGGCGCUGGCCCUCCUUCCAAUCCUCUCAUCUGCCCUGAAAUUCGACCUAGUUGCUCAAUCAGGCCACAGCGCGAAGAACGAGAGAUGCAUUCGGAAUUUUGUCACCCAAGAUACACUGGUUGUGGUCACGGCGAUUGUGUCGGGGAACAGAGGGGACGGGAUGAUGGUUAAUAUGCACAUCAAAGACGCAGUUGGCAACGACUACGGCCGACCGAAGGAUGUCGCGGGCGAGAAGAGAAUGGCGUUCACGAGUCUGGCGGAUACCGCCUUUGACGUGUGCUUUGAGAACACAUUGACUGGAAGAUCACACAUACCCAACCCCACUCGGCAUGUCGAGCUGGACAUUGACAUCGGCGCCGACGCGCGUGAUUGGUCUGCAAUCCAAGCGAAUGAGAAGCUCAAGCCCGUCGAAGCCGACCUGCGCAGGAUAGAAGAGACUGUCAACGAGAUCGUGCAGGAAAUGGAGUACCUGAGGAUACGGGAGCAGAAGCUGCGUGAUACCAAUGAGAGCACGAACGAGCGAGUGAAGUGGUUUGCGUUUGGUACGAUGGGUAUGUUGGUGGGCUUGGGCGCCUGGCAAGUCGUUUAUUUGAGGGCUUAUUUCAGGUCGAAGCAUCUCAUCUAG